CCGCCGCGGUGCCCGCGCGCCGCUCGUGCCCGCGCAGCGGCCGGGACGGAGCCGGGCCCGGGCUCGGCUCCCGGGCUCCCACCGCACCGCCCCGGGACCGGAGCGCCCCCCGCCGCGCCUGGGCACCCCCGGCCUGGCCCGGGCAGCGGGGGAGAAGCAGCCGCCGGCCCGGGAGCGCCAGGCGCGGUGAAGCCGAUGGAGGAGGAAAAGGAAGAAGCUGGCAGUGAGGAAAAAGAUCACAUUCCCCAGGAAGAUGAGAGAAGCAGUACAGAGGAAUGUCUUCCAGAGGCCAAGGAAAAAGAGAAAGAAAGCAAGCAUGUCAUCAAAAAUAUCCCGUGGACCACAGCCAAGAACUUCACAGUGGAGAAAGGACAGCAGCAAAUUGAAGAACUAAUUUCUACAUGGGACAUUCAUGAAAGCUGGCUUCACCACUCAGAAUUUCUCGAGGAAGAAGAACUGAAGGACAGCAAGAGGUACCAUUACAGAGCUUGCUGGGGCCGCCCAACACGCAGAAAACCCAUCCCACGAGCAACAGCGAGCGUCUACUUUGUUAUAGUGAUCUCCAAAUUCAAACCUGACACUGCACCUGUGGAGGUGUUCUACAGACUGGAGUCCAGCAGGCUGGUUCGGAGGCCAGAACAGUGUGAGUUUAGAGAAAAGUGGCUUCAGGACAUAAUUGAAAAUAAAAUACUGUGUGCAGAAAGACUUGCUUCCCGAUGAGCAGCUCCAAUUCACCAUUACCAGUCCUCUGUUGUGGAGAACCAAAUAAAUGGAAAAAUAAAAGCUCUUCCUUAGCAGCA